GUCGCCAUGCCGUCCAUCGCCGUGGUAUUUGAGCUGGACUGUGCCAGCACGAACAUGGGCCAGUUGAUUUUCGUGGUUGGCUGCCAUCCCGGAAUGGGAUACUGGGAUCCGACCGGUUCUGAAUAUCGGAAUCGCCAGCUCAGCACCAGCGAAUUGACGUACCCCAGGUGGAUCAUGGCCAAUGCCAUGUGGCUGGAGCUCGAGGAGGGGGCCGAGGAGCUGGAAAUUUCGUACAAGUACGUACGCAUGGCGCCGCAGCGCCGCCCGGAAUGGGAGGCGGGUCCGGAUCGCCGCAUUGUCUUGCGUGCUGUGCCCCGCGGCAAUGAUGUGUGGAUCGUCAGGGACAAUCAGUGGGGAGCCACGAGGGAUGCGGCGACCGUCUUUGCCUGCUCCCACGACGAGCUCAUCUCCUCUCGAUGCAAGGUGGAUCAAAACUGGCGCCCAGCUGCCACUAAGGCAGCGAAGGCCGCACCGGUGAUUCCCAAGCUUCCCAUGGCGAAGGUGAACCCUUCUGACUCAUCCAAAGUCUAUUUGCCGGGAGGAGACACCUCGGAAGACAACGAAAGCAGCGAGGAGGAGAGCAUCGCCGACGUAGAGAAGAGCGAUGCAGAUGCAAGGUCACGGCAAAGGAUUGCAAGUGCCAUUCUCAAGCAGCUGGAGGUGGCUGCCGAUGCCAAUCGACCUGGCGGCCUAGACAGUGAGGCGCAGCUGGCGGCUCUCCGGCGUGAGAACGCCGCGCUGCGCGCGGUUCUCCGCUGCCUCGCAGCGGGCGAGGUGAAGGUGGCGGCUACCUGUGAUCGCCGGAAGCAGCGGCAGGUCAUCAUGCGCACAGCUUCCUUGGUUCCAGAGGAGGUCUGGGCCUUUGCCUUUGAUUCACCGGAGGCUUCACCGGCACCUCGCAACCGGCGGAUGUCCUAUGGCGCGGAGGUCCUGAAGCAUCGGCAGGACGAGCUGUGCGCUUCUGCGCAGACCACACUGGAGGGCCUCUUCUGGGAUUGGCCGCUCUCCCGCUCGGAGCGGAAGCAGCGACUCCUGCUGGCGGAGAGCCGUCUCCAG